GUAGCAGCAGUUCACCCUCCUUCCACCUUUACACCUUUACCACCCCCAACACCUGUACAGCCAAUCAGCAUGGUAUGAAUUCUCACACAUGCUAACUAAAUAAUGUCAACUUUAAUCACUCGACCGUACCAAUCACUCCUGGUAAUCUUUGUCUCUUGGAAAGCCCUUCUACUUCUCUUUGCAGUCUUCACCCCCGGCUCUGCGUACGACACCUCGACCACUUUACUCGAGGUGAACCGUAAUGCAUCCAAUCUAGACCGCAAUGGACCGUUGAUGAUAAUAUUGAGUCUAAUUACCACCAAGCUAACACGAUGGGAUGCCAUCUAUUUCACUGAGGCUGCUCGCCGAGGCUAUACAUUCGAGCAAGAAUGGGCAUUUAGCUAUAGCUUCUCGGGUCUCAUCAGAACCUUUACUAAUGCUCUCCGACGCACCGCCGACAUAGACUAUCCGUUACUGGAGAGUAGCGUUGGUAUCGCUAUAGCUCAUGUCGCUCAUUGCAUAUCGGUAUUUGUGCUCUAUAGUCUAGCACGCGCUGUGUUUCCUAAAAAGCAGGAUCGCAAGCUUGCAUUCCUCGCAGCAUGCUUACAUAUCUUCUCGCCCGCCGGACUGUUUAUGUCGGCUCCUUAUGCCGAGAGUACACACGCGCUUUUCAGCUUCGUCGGAUCACUCUUAUUUGUACUAAGCUUUAGCCAAUCGGGAGCUUCCAGCGGUCUCCAAGAUGCGUCGAUCCCGCUAUCAGGUGUGAUGUACGGGUUAGCGACUAUUGUCCGGAGCAAUGGCAUUCUAAAUGGCAUACUUUUCUUUGAAGAAGCAGUAAGGCUCUUGUAUUCGAUGACUAAGAGCGUUACUUUCGCCAAAACUCGUCGCCUGCUCGCUGUUGGCAUAGCUGGGGUCUGCACAGCUCUUGGCUUUGUGAUACCACAAUAUAUUGCUUAUGGACAGUUCUGCAUGAAUAACAAGGACCCCAGGAUAUGGUGUCUUAGAUCUAUCCCUAGUAUCUAUAGCUUCGUUCAGGACCAUUACUGGGAUAACGGUUUUCUUCGCUAUUGGACGUUGUCAAACGUCCCGUUAUUUGCCUUAGCCGGUCCAAUGUUAGCAAUCAUGACAUACUCUGCUUAUUGGACCCUAAGCGUGAAUUCGAACAGACAAAAAAAGGGAAUUGCGCAAGCUCACCCGGAGUUGCGACUAACAGGCCGUCUGCUGCGUAGUCUGGCGGCUCCUCAAAUGACCCUAGCUAUUCUGACUUUUUUGAAGCACCACGUCCAAAUAAUCACACGUAUGUCCUCGGGAUAUCCAGUGUGGUACCUCUGGCUAGCAUAUAUUCUCAUAGAGGGGUCCUCUCUAGCGUCUUCAGGAAAAGUGGGUGUACGCUUGGACAAGAAAGCGGCAAGUAUCUUGAAUCAGUACCGGUACGCACGCAUGACUGUGGCCUAUAUGAUUAUUUAUGCCGCUGUGCAAGGGGUACUUUUCGCCUCUUUCUUACCGCCGGCCUGAGCAACAUACCGAAAAUAAGCAAUUAAUACUACUACUUUCUAUAUACACUUCAACACGCAUAAUGGUACUUUGCCGUUUCUGGUUAGCUUAAAUAACUGUUGUGGAGUCACUACUGCCAGUACUCUUCUCACUGCCAUGGAUUGCAAUGCACUUGAAAAUCUGAGAUAGGUGCUGCCUAGGGCACCGGUCACAGGUAUGAUUUGCACGGUUGUUCUGAUAGUCACGCAUUAUGGUCACUUGAAUAAUGCAAGUCUAUUAUUAUGCCUAAGUCUAUAACAUAUGCUAUAUAUAUAACCCCUUUAGGUCAACCCUUGCGCCCGAAAAUCACACUUUCCAUGUUAAUCUCAUAUGACCUGAUAACUCCCCGCUAAUGAUGCUGACCGAUGAAGGGGUUCUCCAAACAAAUUAUUAAUGCGGGUCGAGAAUGAUAAACAGUGAUUAAGCCUCCGCAUCAGUCUCCAAAGAACGUCAUUGCGCAUAGCCCAAGGGGACUUUUUCUUCCCCACCUAGAGAGAAAGUCCUCUAAAGCGGGGAGGACGACCAGGUAUAAUGCGCCCGAAAACCUGAUGAUGAAUCCCAUCGCAAAAAAAAAAAAAAAAA